AAUUUAUCGCUGCAACCAGAGAUAAAAUUGUUGAUCUGAACAAGUAUCUCUAGAGGUCGAGCCAUUGUAAUUCAGUCAUUCAGGAAGAAUUGAACAAAUAUAGUUUUGUAACAUGACUCCGCAAGUUCCUACAGUCAAAUUCAAUGAUGGACAAGAAAUUCCUGUGUUUGGUUUAGGGACAUGGAAAUCGAAACCUGGUGAAGUAACUCAAGCUGUGAAAGAUGCCAUUGACUUAGGAUAUCGGCAUAUAGAUUGUGCCUAUAUUUACGGCAAUGAAAAGGAGGUAGGAGAAGCCAUAAAAGCUAAAAUAGCAGAAGGAGUGGUGAAGAGAGAAGAUCUCUUCAUUACCAGCAAACUGUGGAACACAUUCCAUAAACCUGAGCUUGUUGAGAGUGCUCUGAAAGAAACACUGAAUAAUUUGGGUGUUGAUUAUGUCAAUUUAUAUCUCAUCCAUUGGCCCCUGGGUUAUAAGGAGGGAGGCGCUGUAUUUCCAACCGAUGAACAUGGAAAAUUAGUAUUCAGUGACGUAGACUAUGUGGAUACUUGGAAAGCUCUAGAAGCGGUUUCAAGAAAAGGGCUAACCAAAUCCAUUGGUUUAUCCAACUUCAACAAGAGGCAGAUUGAAAGAGUUUUAGAAAUUGCAACAAUAAAACCAGCCAAUCUUCAGAUUGAAUGUCAUCCUUAUUUGAACCAGAAGAAAUUGAUAGAUUUUUGCAAAUCCAAAGAUAUCAGUGUGACUGGUUAUAGUCCUCUAGGAUCUCCAGAUAGACCUUGGGCGAAACCUGAAGAUCCUCAACUAUUGAAUGACCCCAAACUGAUCACCCUCGCUGAAGCACACAAAAAAACCACUGCCCAAAUUCUCCUUCGAUAUCAAGUGCAGAGAGGUGUUAUUACAAUUCCGAAAUCAGUGACAAGAACAAGAAUUGCUCAAAACUUUGAUAUAUGGGACUUUCAGUUGACACCAAAAGAUAUGCAGUACCUAGAUUCAUUGGAUUGCAAUGGACGAUUUUGCCCCAUGACUGGAGGAAAAGGGCAUAAGCAUCAUCCAUUUGAGAAUGAUGAAUUCUAGAUCACCUAAACUGAUUAAUUUUUUAUUUCACUAUCAAGUCUCAAUUAACAUGUUCACUACGACACCUAUCUCUUGCAGCAUGAGUAGUGCCUCAAAGUCAAUGGGAAAAAAUUUUUACACAUGUAUCACCGGGUCAUUGCCGCUCAGUAAUCAUGAACUGUGACAUUCCGCCGGGGUCAUGUGCCACAUAUUAUUUGAAAUGGGCAAAAUCUAUUGUUGCAGUGAACAUGUUAAGAAAAAUUGAUAAAAAAUGUUUUUAAUUUUAUAUUUUUUUGAAUCAAUAAAUGAAAUGAGUUUUA